AUGGAGGACAUUGUGACGCACUUGGCCUCCUUCCGACUGGCCGUCAAGGAGGCUGGCGACAGCGUUCGUCAGCUGAAGGCCGACAAGGCGCCGAAGAUUGAUGUCGACCGCGCUGUCACGAUUCUGAAGGCCCGCAAGAAGGAGCUGGAGGAAGCGGAAAUUCGGCUGGCUCCGAAGGAAAUUGACCGCGGAAAGUUGGAGACCCUUCUGAAGCAACGUUUCUUCUACGACCAGUCAUUCCAGAUUUACGGUGGUGUCACCGGCUUGUACGAUUUCGGUCCGAUGGGCUGUGCGCUGAAGCAGAACAUGCUAAAUGAAUGGCGCAAGCACUUCAUCCUGGAGGAAGGGAUGCUCGAAGUCGAUUGCACAUCGCUCACCCCGGAGGUUGUCUUGAAAGCGUCUGGCCACGUUGACCGAUUCGCCGACUGGAUGGUCAAAGAUUUGAAAACCGGCGACCCGCACCGUUGCGAUCAUUUGAUCAAGAACGCCGCCGAAGCUAUGAUUGCGAGCAAGAAGACGCCCGAACCGGUGAAGGAAGAGCUGCGCGAGAUUUUGGCGCGCCUUGACGGAUUCGACAACAACGAUAUGCAAGCCGUCCUCGUGAAGUACAACAUGAAGUCACCCGCCGGCAAUGAUCUGACUGAGCCUAUCGCGUUUAAUUUGAUGUUCCCGACCCAGAUAGGCCCAACUGGUGAUCAGCGUGCGUUCCUCCGCCCGGAAACCGCCCAGGGUAUCUUUGUCAACUUCAAGCGCCUGCUUGAGUUCAACAUGGGCCGUGUCCCGUUCGCUGCCGCCCAGAUCGGCAACGGCUUCCGCAAUGAGAUAUCUCCCCGCCAGGGUCUCAUCCGCGUCCGCGAGUUCACCAUGUGCGAGAUCGAGCACUUUGUCGACCCCACCGACAAAUCUUGCGCCAAAUUUGCCAAGGUUCGCAAUUAUGUGCUCACCCUCUUCACCGCCAAUGAUCAGAUGAACGGUUCGGCCCCAAUCCAGAUUCCGAUUGGUGAAGCCGUCGAUAAGAAAAUUGUCGAUAACGAAACGCUCGGCUACUAUAUGGCCCGCUGCCAUAUGUAUCUGCUGAAGGUCGGUGUCGACCCGAAACGCCUCCGUUUCCGCCAGCACAUGGAUAACGAGAUGGCCCAUUAUGCUCAGGACUGCUGGGAUGCCGAGAUCAAGACUAGCUACGGCUGGAUCGAGGAAGCAAAUGGCAAGCUGACGAUCACCGUUGAUGGCGAAUCUUUCGAGCUGUCCAAGGAGAUGCUCUCGUUUUCGCGUGAAGAGAAAAAGAUCUGCAUCGAAGAAUUCACGCCCUCGGUCAUCGAACCGUCCUACGGUAUCGGGCGCAUUAUGUAUGCCGUGCUGGAGCAUGCAUUCCGCCAGCGCGAAGGUGAUGAGCAGCGUCAGUUCUUGGCCCUUCCGCCAAUCGUCGCCCCCAUCAAGUGCUCGAUUCUGCCGAUAUCCGCCCAGACGCAGCUGGUCGAGAUAAUCGAGGCCGUCAAGGACAACUUGCGCGCCCAUGAGCUCUCGUUCCGCGUGGAUGACUCGGCUGGUUCGAUCGGUCGGCGCUACGCCCGUACCGACGAGAUCGGCAUCCCGUUCGGUGUGACCGUCGACUUUGAGAGCGAGAAGCUUCCCUGGACUGUCACCCUGCGUCACGCCGAGUCCUUGAGGCAAAUUCGUCUAAAGGUCGAGGAGGUCGGCGAGACUGUCGAAGCCCUGGUGCGCGGGCGUUUGAGCUGGGAGCAGGCUGAGGAUCAGAACGGCUCAGAAUCGGGCUACCUCCUCCUCGGCGACGUCAUCCGUUCCGGCGUCCGUCCGCUGUACGCCGGGCUACGCGAGCCGCAAGUCAAGGCCGUGCUCGAACAGCUCGCCAAGCUCCACGCUUUCUCGCUGACCAACGACAGCUGGCGGCAUGGAGCCGGGAAGAUAUUCAGAUCAACCUUCCUCGAGGUCCAAAAAGCCUAUCCCACCAUCACUCGCGAGCGCAUCGGGCGCGCCAUCUGCCAGCUGCGCCGCGACUUCGGCAAGUGGUUCACCACCCGCCACGGCGGCAACCUGCUCGACCAGCUCGCCGGCGUCGUUGACGAUCAGCUCUCGAAUUCUGAUGGCGACGCGGUGCACCUUGGCUCUGGGAUGCCGUCGGUGUUGGUGCACGGGGAUCUGUGGACGAACAACUUGCUGUGGGCGUUGAACGGGCAGCGCGGGGACACCGAUCAACUGUUGGCUAUCAUCGAUUGGCAGAAUGUGCACGCGGGUAACGUGGCCGAGGACUUUGUGCGUCUACUCGGCUCCUCGUGCUCCCCACGGUUGCGUCGUGGCGGGUUGCACCGUUUCGUCUCGCACUACCUCUCCUGUCUGUCGCUGGAGAUGAGGCGCAAAGGACAUUUCGCGCUCCCAUACACGCAUCAACAGAUCGUGGCCGCGUAUGAGAAAAUGUUUGGGCAGGGGCUCCUCAUCAUGCUGCCGUCGUUGAACGCAUGCGCCGAUGAGGGGAACGGGCUGCUCGGCGAGGAGAAUCGACAGGAGCGGCAGGCUGUGGUGCUGGAACGUACGCGGGCCCUCAUCGACGACUUCUUCGCCUUCCGCGCCAAGAAUACGACUCGA